GGUAUCAAGGUCAACUGUCGAAGAGCUCGAGGACCGUUACUGUGAGAACGUUCUGUUGUUCGACGACAUGCUGGCGAUGCCGCCCGACUACGACCAUCAGAUGUUCAUCGCUGCUGGCUAUUCUCGACAAGGCUGUGCAGGGCCUCCUGGAGGGGGGUUCAUUCGAAACUCGGAGGGUCGCCAUCCUCAUUGAUGCAUCGCACAAGCUCCUGCAGAAUUCUUGCAAAACUGGGGGGUAUGAUGGGCGGUUGCUGCCAACACUGGACCAUCAAUGUCCACAGCCUAUCCGGUAUCAAGUUGCCGUUCGGAGAGACAGCCAGGGGUCUCGGCGGCGUAGAACCAAGUAUGAUGGCGAAAUAGUGAAUCAUACGACGGACGUCGCCUGCUAGCACCUGUUGCUGCGUGAAUGCCUCGAAACAGGUGCAAGCGAAAAGCCAAGCAUCGAUGGCCGGAUGUUCUUCGUACGAGAGAGGUGCCCAAUGGUAUAUCCCCAAACUAUUCCUCGCCCACGGGUGUUGGCUGGUCAAAGCCAGACCCACCUGCGCACGUCCUUGCAGAUCAAUCGAGAUUGACAGCACAGGUUCUUGUGUAUGAUACCUUGCGAAUGCAGAUACAUAAGGGCAUCAACUACCUCACGCAGCAUUUGGCAUAUGCCUCCAUUUGACAAAUGUUCACUCAUGAUCCAAUCAAGCAGAUUGCCAUUUGGACUCGACGGGGUAAC